AGGCAACGUAGGUUCAAGAGGUAAGAGGGAAGUUGUGUUUGUAUUGCGAAUUGUGUGUGAAAGUUUAGUUGUUUGUCAGUGUAUUUACAACCUUAGAAUGUUUGUUCAGAUGGGUUGAAUUGCCGAGAGAGAGAGGAAAAAAACUUAAGUUUUUCUUAGAGUAAAUAAAUUGGGUGUAUUACAGGAUGGAGGCGUUAAUACCGGUGAUCAACAAACUGCAGGAUGUGUUCAGUACUAUUGGGGCCGAUUCUAUACAGUUACCUCAAAUUAUAGUAGUCGGCACGCAGAGCUCGGGCAAGAGUUCAGUUAUUGAGGGUAUAGUUGGUCGUUCUUUUUUACCACGUGGUGUGGGCAUAGUCACCAGACGCCCUUUGGUACUGCAGCUCAUAUAUAGUCCUAAAGGAAGUACACGUCAUAGGUCAGCUGAAGAAGGCACACUCAACAUUGAAGAAUUUGGGAAGUUCCUUCAUAAAAAGAAUGAAAUAUUUACUGAUUUCAAUGAAAUACGCAAAGAGAUUGACACAGAAACUGAAAAAGUAGCGGGAUCAAAUAAGGGCAUCAAUGCAAAUCCUAUCACUUUAAAAAUUCAUUCACCACAUGUUGUGAAUUUGACUCUUGUUGACCUACCUGGCCUUACAAAGGUACCUGUUGGUGACCAACCAGAAGACAUUGAAGUUCAGGUACGGGAGUUAGUCUUAAAGUAUAUAAGUAAUCCGAACUCAAUAAUAUUAGCAGUUGUUACUGCUAAUACUGAUAUGGCAACUAAUGAAAGUCUGAAACUGGCAAAGGAAUGUGACCCUGAUGGACGCAGAACUUUGGCUGUAGUAACUAAACUGGAUCUAAUGGAUGCAGGCACAGAUGCAAUUGACAUACUCUGUGGCAGAGUAAUCCCUGUAAAAUUGGGGAUCAUUGGUGUUGUUAACAGAUCCCAGCAGGAUAUAAUGGACAAUAAGUCGAUAGCAGAAUCGCUUAAAGAUGAAGCAACAUUUCUUCAGAGGAGGUACCCAACUUUAGCAAAUAGGAAUGGAACACCUUACCUUGCCAAGACACUUAACAGAAUGCUGAUGCAUCACAUACGUGACUGUUUACCUGAUCUGAAGACAAGAGUGAAUCUUAUGAUAUCACAGUUUCAAACAUUACUUACAUCAUUUGGUGAUGAUGUGUCAGACAAGAGCCAGACACUACUUCAGAUUAUUACAAAGUUUGCUUCAGCCUAUUGUGCUACUAUUGAAGGAACUGCGAGGCAUAUAGAAACUAAUGAAUUAUGUGGUGGUGCUCGGAUGUGUUUCAUUUUCCACGAAACUUUUGGGAGAACUUUGGAUACAAUUCACCCAUUAACAGGCCUUAGUAAAAUGGAUAUAUUAACAGCAAUUCGUAAUGCAACAGGGCCUCGACCAGCAUUGUUUGUUCCAGAGGUUUGUAAAUGUAUAAUGGUGUUCCAGAUAUCAUUUGAACUUCUUGUGAAACGCCAAAUUCGACGCCUUGAAGAGCCUGCUCUUCGCUGUGUUGAAUUAGUCCAUGAAGAAAUGCAGAGAAUCAUCCAACACUGUGGUUCUGAAGUCCAGCAGGAACUAAUGCGCUUCCCUAGGCUUCAUGAAAAAAUCGUGGAUGUAGUAACUCAUUUGCUGAGACGAAGACUACCAGUCACGAAUCAGAUGGUAGAAAACCUGGUAGCAAUUGAACUUGCGUAUAUUAAUACGAGGCACCCAGAUUUUAAUAAAGAUGCAGCACUUGCGUCGUGCUUGUUCUCAACGCCACCGGCUGAAGAAGAUACACCAACACCAAAGCCUACAAAUCUAAAAUAUCCUGAAAAUAAUUUUCCUUACACACCAGUAGAACUGGAAGGGGCCAAGAACUCCUUUGGUGCCAAGUCAAAUGCUGAUGCCAGUGGGUGGCUAUCAAACUUGUUUCCUGCUGGUCGAAUGGACAAUAAAGAAAACCAAAGUAUUAGAGAUAAAUCUAUAGAACUUAAUUCUUCUGCUUUACCAAACCAUGUUUUUGAAGCAAAAGGUGUACUUUCGCCUCAAAAGCCAGUAAAUUUGCUACCUGAAGUUCCUGUACAGACAAACAGGAAACUUUCAGAAAAAGAGAAAAGGGAUUGUGAUGUAAUAGAACGCCUCAUAAAAGUAUAUUUCUAUAUAGUACGUAAAUCAAUUCAGGAUACUGUACCAAAGGCUGUAAUGCAUUUUCUUGUAAAUUAUGUGAAAGAUAACCUCCAGUCUGAGCUGGUUGCACAUCUUUACAAAUCGGCGCAGGCUGAGGAGCUGUUGAGUGAAGCGGAACAUGUUGCACAGCGUAGAAAAGAUGCAGCCGAUAUGUUAAAAGCUCUGCAAAAUGCAAGUAGCAUUAUUAGUGAGAUACGUGAAACCCAUGUGUGGUGAAGACUUAAUAGUGACUGGAAACAAUUGAUUUCGUGUUUCCAGAAAAAUCGCAGUUUGCCAGUAGUUUAAUUCAGAUACAUGGAAUGUAUAGCACAUUUGUGACCAUGUAGAUGACUGGGUUUGAAUGCAAAUAAGUUUUAAUUGUGUUUAUUGUUAUUUAUUUGAAUGAUACAUCUGUUUGCAUUUUUUACACAACAUAGAAUGUAGCAAUCAUUAUUAAAUGGUGAAAUUCACAGUUUUCGAAGUAUGUGUGUUAUUCAUGGUUCCUUGUGUACCUGAUUCAGACGUUUGCAGACGACUCGUAAACUUCGUGUAUGUAAUUAAUCUUUGUAUUACUACGUUUACGCAAAAAAUAAGCUUGUUAUUUAAAUUUUAAAAAUCUUGACAUUUGUUAAUAACUGUAUGUAAUCACAUAGUUUGUAGGUGUUAAUCAUAACAUCAUUGCCUCUGUGAAGUGUUAGAUUUUUUUUGUAUAGCUCAGUUAAGUUUAAAAUACAGAAAGUUUACUGUAUAUAUGAUGUUCAACUGGACCAAAUAUUUGGAAGGAAAAAAAUUCAUGAACAUUUGUUUUAUACUGCACUGUCAAUAAUUGAUAAUCAUGUGUUGUAUUGUGAUCUUUGUGGAGACAACAGUUCUCCUUUCAUGCCUUUAAAACGAAAAGCAUUUUGAGAUGUUUAAAUCUAUAUUACACUGAACUGCGUGUAUAGAAAGAGAUGCCAAUUCAGACACAUUAAUGUGGUGAUACAAGAACUUAUGCAAUAACAUUCAUUUAUAAGUUAAUUGUUUGACCUGUCUUAUUUGUAGAUUAUCACAAUUGACAAUUGUAUUCACUGCAAAAAGUGAAUUACUGUCAAUUUUUAGUUCAGUUAAAAACAUGGUACUUAAUUGUUUGCCUGGCAGUUUUGAGCUUAAAGAAUAUUAAUUAAGAGUAUGUUUAGUUAUGUCAAGUUUUUCAUGAAAAGCUUUAUAUGCCAUUCUUAUUUGGAACUAGCAGAUUUUGCAUUACAUCAG